GCGCUGCAGCCGGUGGGAUAGCUCGAGCAGACAUCCCUCGCGCCGGAACGGAGCAGCAUAUAUCACUCCAGUUUCCUGAACUGGUUCCGUUCAAUCCUCAAGAACGAAAACUUUCUCGAUCAGGUCCUCGAUCGAGUGAUCCCGGAACGUCGCGAUGGCGGGAGGGAAGAUGUACUCGUUCGAGGAGGUGAGGAAGCACAACGUCCGGAAGGAUUGCUGGCUCAUCAUCGCCGGCAAGGUGUACGACGUCACGGCGUUCAUGGAGGAGCACCCCGGCGGCGACGAGGUCCUGCUCGCGUGCACCGGCAAGGACGCGACGGCCGACUUCGUGGACAUCGGCCACAGCGACUCCGCCAAGGAGAUGAUGCCGCAGUACUGCAUCGGCGAGGUCGACGCCGCCACCGUCCCGGCAAAGCUCACCUACGCCUACGCCAGCGACGCGAGCCCCGACAAGGCCGCGACGAGCGCGGCCGGCGCCUGGGCGACGCUCCUGCGGCUCGCCGUGCCCGUCCUGCUGCUGACGCUGGCCUUGGCGAUGCAGAGCUACGGCAAGGCCAAGGCAGAGUAGAUGGGAAGCGCAAGAUGCCGUCGUUGGUUCCGCCGAGCCGCCUCUUGGAAGCAUACGGAAGUUCGAGUGGUUGGUGCGAACGGGACGAUGUGUUCACCACAACCGCUGCGUGCGUUUUGUCAAUUUAAAUUCCUGCGUAUUGUGAGGAAGUAUAUCGAACAGGAUGUGCACUGAUAAUUACGUGUUCGUGGUUUCGUAAAAAUAAUUAUAAUUUCCUUCCCGGUUAAGUUUUCGCUGUUCUUAGCGAUUUCAGAAA